AUGGAGUCCGACACCCUCCCCCCGACGCCCAAGUCCCCCAGCGUGGGCAUGCGCCGCAAGGGCCCCAAGCCGUUCCCGACGCUCCCGCUCUCCGCAUUCACGCCCCCGAACACGGGUAUAUCCGACCAGUUCCCCCGCGCACCCAGCCCGAGCGCGAUGCAGCCGUUCGAGAUCGUGGAUGCUCAUGUCCUCGCUCCCACUGGCGACCUCGCGGGAUGGACCGCGCAAGCCGGGCAAACUCUCGGCGGCCGCACUCGCGGCGUCGUUGUCUCGCUCCAGGCUACCGCGCCGACAGAUGUCGAGAAGAUUAUUACCGAGCUCUCCUCAGACUCGUCCUCGACCCCGGUGGUCGCAAUCGCGGUGCCGUUCAAGCUUGAAGACGGAGUACCCGCUACCACCCCUUCCUACCUCGCAUCCGGCAGCUCGUCGACGCCUGCGAUCGUCCUCACCACAACUUUCACCGAGACCUCCUCCGAAGCGAUUGCGGCACUCGAAUGGGCGCUCAAACAGAAGUUCACGGUCAACAUCGAUGUCCAAAGCGGACUCGAGGAGGAGAACGGAUGGGAGGCGAUUGAGGACUUCCUCACAAAGGCGACUGCAGAUGCGGAAGCUAAGGGCAAAAUUAUUCUUUCUAACAUUGUCCCUCCUCCGGACGACCUUACACUCCCAAUCGUAAAGCUACUCACCCACCCCACCUACCGCAACUACCAGUCGCGUACAGCCUCCCUCUCCCUCUUCGCCAACCUCUUCAUCAACUUCCUCCCUCCCGCUUGGGGUGCCCCCACGCCCCCCACUCCCGCUCCCCCGCCGCCUGAAUCGCAGGAGUGGAGGCGCAGGAUCAAGAUGUACCUCGGUCCGACGGUCGAGGCAUUCGGCUUCCAGCGCAUCCUCUUCGGCACGUCGCCCGCGGCGCCACUAACGGGCAUGUCCCAGGCGAGUAAGGCGGGCGACUGGUAUGAGCUCGCGCGCGAGUGCUUCGUAGAGCUUGGCGUCGAGCAGGACGCGAUCGACGCCGUCUUCGCGGGCAACGCGAGACUCGUGUACGGCCCGCCAGCGGCCCAAUCAUAG